GUGUUGAGGAGCUCUAAGCAUCUUGCAAAACCCUUUAUCUACACAUUUUUGCAUCCUUGGCUGGGCACAGGACUCCUAACAAGCACUGGAGGCAAAUGGCGGUCCCGAAGGAAAAUGUUAACACCCACCUUCCAUUUCACCAUCUUAGAAGAUUUCCUCGAAGUGAUGAAUGAACAAGCCAAUAUCCUUGUUCAGAAACUUGAAAAGCAUGUGGACAAGGAGCCGUUUGAUUGCACUUUAUACAUUACUCUGUGUGCCCUUGAUGUAAUUUGUGAAACAGCUAUGGGCAAGAACAUAGGAGCACAACACAAUAAGGAUUCAGAAUAUGUCCGAGCUGUCUACAGGAUGAGUGUUCUGAUUCAACAAAGGCAGAAGUCUCCCUGGCUCUGGCCUGACCUUCUGUACCCCAUGUUCCAAGAGGGAAGAGAACAUUACAGGAGUCUGAAGAUACUCCACAGCUUUACUGAUAAUGUCAUUGCAGAAAAAGCUCAAGAACUAAAAAACCAGGAGCAGCAUAGAAGCAAUGCUGUCAGCAACAGUGAACAAAGCAGGCACAAAGUCAGGAGAGCUUUUCUCGAUAUGCUUCUGAAUGCCACAGAUGAUGAUGGGAAGAAGUUGGGUUACCUGGACAUCCGAGAGGAAGUGGAUACAUUCAUGUUUGAGGGCCAUGAUACUACCGCUGCUGCCAUGAAGUGGUGUAUUUACUUGCUUGCAAGUCAUCCAGAAGCCCAAAGAAAAGUUCACAAUGAACUAGAUGAGGUUUUUGGGGACUCGGAUCGUAACAUCACAAUGGACGAUUUGAAGCAACUACGGUAUCUGGAUUGUGCUAUUAAAGAAGCUCUUCGCCUUUUCCCUUCUGUUCCAUUUUUUGGCCGUACACUGAGUGAGGAAUGUUAUAUUAGAGGAUUCAGGAUACCAAAAGGAACCGAUGUCAUAAUUGGGUCUUUCGCGCUGCACAGAGACCAUGUUGCCUUCCCAGAACCUGAGGAAUUCAGACCUGAGCGAUUUUUCACUGAGAACGCAGCUGGGCGGCACCCAUAUGCAUACGUGCCUUUCUCUGCUGGGCCAAGAAACUGUAUAGGUCAGCGCUUUGCAAAGAUGGAAGAAAUGGCGAUUCUAGCUACCAUCCUGCGGCACUUCUUUAUUGAAAGUACACAGCUACGUGAUCAACUCUUCCCUGUAGGAGAACUGAUUCUUCGUCCAAAUAAGGGCAUCUGGAUUCAGUUGAAAAGGAGAUCAACUUCCUGCUCUUAAAAUAAGAAACCUCAGGAAAAUUCCUUACCG